AUGGCGCCAUCCCGCAAGAAGAAGCCAGCACUCAAGCUGUUGAUGGUGCAGCUCAAGAACAUCCAGACAUCCAUGGACGACAUCCGGAGAUUUGUGGAAGCUGACCAGCCGACCGCCACUGUCAGCCAGGUCAAGAUUCGCAUGGACAGUCUCGAUGAAAUGUGGGAAAGAUAUGCAGAAGUUUUGGUAGACAUUCAGGGUCAUGAUGACUUUGAAGCCAAGGAUGAAACGAUAGACAAGACUAGGUUAGCAUAUAGCGAUAGUUAUUACCAUUGUAAGGCAUUCUUGAUGGAUAAGAUUAGGGAACUGCAAGGACCGGAAGAAGCUGAUCAUUCAGUACGAGCGAACGAGACGCUGGUGCAAGGGCACGGUACUCUCGAUCAUGUGCGGUUACCCCAAAUCAAGCUCCAGGUUUUCAAUGGGGAUAUCGAUGAGUGGAUUAGCUUCCGUGAUUUGUUCACUUCACUCAUACACAGGAAAACGGACUUGGCAGAGGUCGAGAAGUUCCACUAUCUCAAGGGAUGUCUUCAAGGGGAACCAAAAGGCCUUAUUGAUUCCUUGAAGAUCACACGGACAAAUUACCAGAUCGCGUGGGACAUGCUGUUAAAGCGAUACGACAACAGCAAGCUAUUGAAAAAGCGGCAGGUUCAAGCUUUGUUCAAUUUGCCAACCAUGUCCAAGGAAUCGGUGACCGAUCUACAUUCUCUUAUCGAUGGUUUCGAAAGAGUCGUGCAGAACCUGGACCAGGUAAUCAAACCUGAGGAUUAUAAGGAUCUUUUGCUCGUCACCCUACUCUCAACGCGAUUGGAUCCUGUAACUCGGCGUGGGUGGGAAGAACAUUCUUCUACCAACGAUCAUGAUACGUUAGCGAACCUCACGGAUUUCCUGCACCGUAGGAUCCGGAUUCUGGAGUCACUUCCAACGAAGGUUACGGAUUCCAGGACUUUUCAACCACAACCAUCAAGACAGAAGUCGUCAGCUGUGAAGGCCAGCUACGGCUCUGUGCAGUCGUCUGGAGUACGAUGUGCAAUGUGCAAGGAGAACCAUCAACUCUACCACUGUUCUUCCUUCCAACGGUUAUCGGUACGUGAAAGAGAAGCGGUGCUGAGGUCGAACUCUCUGUGCAGAAAUUGCUUCAGAUCGGGCCAUCUAGCGAGGGACUGUCCAUCGAAGUAUUUCUGCCGUACCUGCAAAGGUCGUCACCAUACGUUGGUAUGCUUCAAGCAGGACAAGGCUGGUGCAGCGAAGGUCGCUGCUGCGGUUGGGAACAAUAAUCCUCCUCCACAAACGGAAUCUGAUGAACCAACUCCUUCAACAUCCUCCCAGGUGGUCAACAUGGCAGCCGCCGAAACAAUAGUUUCUGGGACUACUCAACAUUUCUCCUCCAAGGUUUUAUUGGCUACUGCGGUCGUUAUCGUGGAAGAUGACGAGGGUAGUCAAUUCACGGCUCGUGCUCUGUUGGAUUCCGGCUCCGAGAGCAAUUUUAUCGCAGAACGGUUGAGUCAACGUCUUAGGAUACAACGAGCGAAGGUGGAUGUAUCGGUGCUUGGUAUUGGUCAUACAGCAACGAAAGUGAAACAUCAGAUUACAGCAAUGGUCCGUUCACGAGUUUCGGCUUUCUCGCAGAACAUGAGAUUCCUAGUUCUACCAAAGGUUACGGUGAAUUUACCUACGGCUAAGGUGAAUACACAAGGCUGGACAGUGCCUGACGGGAUCAACCUGGCAGAUCCCACCUUCUUCAAUCCAAGUGCAGUGGAUAUGGUGUUGGGCAUCGAACAUUUUUUCGAUUUCUUCGAAUCUGGCCGAAGAAUUCCCCUCGGAGAUCAGCUGCCGACACUCAAUGCAUCUGUGUUCGGCUGGGUAGUCUGUGGAGGUCAGACAAACACUUCUCAAGGUCUUCGUAUCAAUUGUAGUACGGCAACUACACAAGGAUUGGAAGAACUAGUCUCGCGGUUUUGGGCUAGUGAAGAAAUAGGUGUUUCCAAAGUACUUUCGUCGGAAGAAAAGAGAUAUGAGGACAUCUUCCUAAAGUCGGUUCGCAGAGAAUCCGAUGGUCGGUACUCUGUUUCGUUGCCUAAGGAUGAGGACAUAAUUUGGAAGUUGGGCGAGUCACGGGACAUCGCAUUCCGGAGGUUUCUAGGCACGGAACGUAGAUUGGCGAGGGAUGCUGAUCUGCGUGAACAAUACCAUCAGUUCAUGGCGGAAUAUGUUCAAUUGGGGCAUAUGACAAAGGUAGAAGGAACAACUGAUCUAGCAAAACGUUGCUACUUGCCGCAUCAUCCCGUUAUUAAGGAAGCGAGCACAACGACCAAAGUACGAGUGGUAUUCGACGCGUCGUGCAAGACGUCGUCCGGGGUUUCGCUAAACGACGCUCUACUGGUUGGACCAAUUGUGCAGGAUGACUUACGAUCGAUCAUGCUUCGGAGCCCAGUGGCGUAG